GGUCGAAUAUCUCUGCUCAUGCUCGAAGGACAGGAGGAGUUCAUCUGUGCUGCAGCUGAUAGAUGUGUUGUAGUGAUGUAAUGUUGCCUGUUUGGUGACUACGGAUGGCUGUUUGUGCCAGGCUGUGCGGAGUGGGUCAGUCGCGGAGGUGCCGGAGGAGACAGCGGCAGAACCAGCAGGAUCAGGCCAGCGAUUCCGACAUGGAUGAGGAGGAAGAGGAGCGGAUCGUGGGCCAGAGGCAAAGCGACGUCGGCGGAGGCCCGGAGAGCGGCGGCGCUGGCUCUGCAGGGCCCGGUGACGCUGGUGAAUAUGGCUGCGGUCAUGUCCACACCGGAGGCUCCGUGGACCGCACUGGCACCGGACCUCCGCACCCGCAGUCCCUGUCGGACUUACCGCCCGAACUUUUAGUGGAAAUAUUUUCUUUGCUUCCCGGAACGGCACUACCAAAUGCUGCGCUCGUCUGCAAGAAAUUCAGACAAAUACUAAACACCGAAACCAUCUGGAAACGGCGCUGCAUGGAAGAGUUUGGAAUGAAGGAGGAUCUACGGAAGAUGGAAGUUGGAGGAGUAUCCAGCAGAGAUCUCUAUGUUAAACGUGUCAACCCACGGGUCAAGUCUGGGCGCUUUAUGAAGCUCCUUCCGGACUACGAGCACAUGGACUAUAAAGAUGUGUACACACACUUGCUUCACCCAUACAGACAUAUCUUGGGCAUAUGGCAGCCUGACAUAGGCCCUUAUGGUGGAUUGCUCAACGUUGUGGUGGAUGGGCUGUUCAUUAUUGGAUGGAUGUAUUUGCCACCUCAUGACCCUCGUGUGGAGGAUCCAAUGAGAAGGCGACCGCUGUUCCGCAUCCACAUGUGGGAAAGUCAAAAGGCCACUGUGGAGUGUAUGUAUGGACACAAGGGUCCUCACAAAGGAGACAUACAGACUGUGAAGAAGGAUGAAUUCUCCACAAAAUGUAAUCAGACUGAUCAUCACCGCAUGCCAGGAGGCAGACAAGAGGAGUUCAGGACCUGGUUGGAGGAAGAAUGGGGCCGGACGUUAGAAGAAAUAUUCCAUGAGCACAUGCAGGAGCUCAUCCUGAUGAAGUUCAUUUAUACAAGCCAAUAUGAUAACUGUUUGACUUACCGACGGAUAUACCUGCCACCUGCGAUGCCAUCUGCCCUUCUGCAGCCAGGGCUCUUCAAAGGCACCUAUGGGAGUCAUGGCUUGGAGAUUGUUAUGCUGAGUUUCCAUGAGGCUUCUGCAAGAGCAACUAAGCUCACUGGAGACCCAAAUGUUCCAGCAGGACAGCUCACUUUGGAUGUGGACCUGAGCCGACCUGUGGUCCUCCCAGACUUGGAGCAACAGCGCAAUAUAGAGGAGCUGUCUCGCUUGGUUCUGGGUGUACACGAGGAGGUACAGAGGGAGUUGGAACAGCAGGCCAAGGGCACAUCUGCCGCAGUCAGAGACACCACAGAGGGGGCUUGUGGUGGUGCCAGCGGAGCAGAUGGGGUGAAGGCAGACCAUGGUGCCUGCUCAGAAAGCUGCCAGCCGGGCCCCAGCAGCAGCAGUAAUCCUCCUGAAGCCCAGCCUUUCGUUCUGCCUCUGGGGGUCAUGGCUCGCAAUGAGGUGUACCCCCGCACCUGCAGGAAAUGCUUCUAUGGGACAGGCCUAAUUGCUGGGCAUGGCUUUACAAGUCCAGAGCGCACCCCAGGGCUCUUUGUGCUGUUUGAUGAGGACCGUUUUGGUUUCAUCUGGCUGGAGUUGAAGUCAUUCAGUCUGUACAGUCGCCUGACGGACCACCUAGCCCAUGCCCAUGCCCCAAACAUGGAGCGAUUUGAGGCCAUGCUACGCAACAUGCAGUCCUGGACAUCCUGAUGCACCAAGCUUUAAGUCUCCUCCCAGAAUACAAUGCAUAAUAACAUAUACGUUAUACACGAAUCACCUCCUCCUCUGCUGACAAUGGUACGACCACAUUAGCUCAUGACCUUAACUCUCCAGGUUCUAUCUGUGUCUGUAUCAGUAAACCCCACACAAGGGUUUUAUUGUCUAACUAAGCUAGUUUAUCGCUCUGACUCGGUUCUGCUCUUGUUCUGAUACAAGCACUUUGAAAGGCCUCUCGUAUCACUAUUUAUCACCUCACCUCGGUAUGACCUCCAGUGCAGCAUGAUCAGGUCACGAAAAACUUUGAUUUUUUUCUCUCUUUAUUUAUUUAUUCCCUGCUGAAGAAAAAGAAUGAUGUUUCAUACCACUUAUUAUGGAUCAAACUGUAUGUGCCUCUGAUUCUACAAUCAUGUCUGUACUUGAUAGUGCUUGAAGAAGUUAAAGGUGUCCAGUGUAUUCUACAAUAUAGUAUUAUACUGAUUUCAGUGCCCAACUUAUUAAACUGCAUGCUGCAUUUUAUUCAGAUAGCAUUGCAUUACACACAUAACCAUUUUUUUGAACAUGAUGAGUUUUAUUUCAUGAAGCAGCAUGUCUUGCUUUUGAGUUUGUUGCUUUGGAGACAUGACUUUUUAAAAGACGACAUCACCUCAGGUGUUAUUCUCUUUGCCACACGUCAGUGAAAAACAAGACAAAACUGCUUCUGCGUAUAACUAAACUGUAGGAGACUACUUUUUAUUUUAUAAAUUUGCUCAGUAGAAAUGCUGAGUGAACUUUCUAACAAGUGUGGAAAUAGCUGUCUUAUCAAACACUGUAACCCAGUUUUACGCAGACUGAUAUGAUUUUGCCCUUUAAACUGAACCAUUAUGGAUAACUUAUUCAGUGAUAAACCUUGGCCCAUUCUCAUACACAUUGAAUACUUGUCACCCCGCCCAUUAUAUUAUAUAAGUUGAAAGAUGUAUUGCAGUGGAAUAGCAUAACCUAUACAUAAGCUGGAUUUAAUCGUUAUAUCAAAAUUAUACAGUUCAUGUGCUUCUGAAAUGGAAACUUGUCCUACCUUUGAAAUAUAUUGCAUUUGUUGUUUGUUUAAAUGGCUGACAUAAAGUUUGCCUGGCUUUAUACCUGCACAGCUGUUCCUUCCAGUUUCCAAAAUAAUUUUUGACUUCAAGCCAGGCUAGCUCAACAUUAUACAAACUAACAGUUCAAAGUGCAUCUCAAAGUACCAAGUAAGUGUCUGUAUGUCUCAUUACGGCCUGAUGGUAUUGCCCAGUAGCUUUCCUACUCCAAGUGCACUUUUCUGGGCAGCAAAGUGAAUCAUUCAAAACCACUGGCCAGCACUUUUUUAAUCAGACUGCAGCUUUACUAACAUUUGCAAAAAAAUAAAAAAGUCUGCUCAAGCAUCAUUGACUUAAUUUAGUCACAUUUUUAUUUUCCUCUCAACUUCAGUGUAUUUUUUUUCUUAACUUUUAUCAGUAAGUUCUCUGUAUCCAGCUUUCAGACUGAUUUGCCUUCAGAAGUGUUGUACUACUUUUAAUGCCAUAGGCUUGAUUUUAUGGAAGACCACUAAGUUUGAUCUAUUGAACUGCUCACAUCAGACUUCAGGGAGCUUUUCAGCUUAAGCGCUCUUCUCAGUAAUUAAAA